GCCCCAGGCCCCGAGCUGAGGACGGAGAGCACGGAGGACAAAUCCCCCCGGCAGAGCCUGGUGGGAGAGGCCGUUUUGAAGGGCUCCCCGGCGCAGGAAGGCAGCGGGGAGGAAAAGGCCUGGAGAUGCCCCCAGAGGAGGGGCUGCAAAGCCAGCCCAGGGAGCUCUGAGGAGGAAAGACCCGUCCUGUGCCGGGAAGGCAGCCGGAGCUUGAGCCGGAGCUCCGAGCUGGUGGUCCCUGAGCAGCCUCCCAGCAGGGAGAAGCCCUUCAGGUGCUUGGAAUGUGGGAAGAGCUUCAGGGUGAGCACCCAGCUCCUCAGCCACCUGCACAUCCACACUGGGGAACGACCCUACACGUGUGGGGAAUGUGGGAAGAGCUUCACUCAGAACUCCACCCUCAUCCACCACAAGCACAUCCACACUGGGGAACGACCCUACACGUGUAGGGAAUGUGGGAAGAGCUUCAGGAAGAGGUCCAUUCUCCUCAGCCACCAGCACAUCCACACUGGGGAACGGCCCUACGUGUGUAGAGAAUGUGGGAAGCGCUUCUCCAAGAGCUCCAACCUCCACAGCCACCAGCGCAUCCACUCCGAGGAACGGCCCUACACGUGUAGGGAAUGUGGGAAGAGCUUCAAGCAUAAAUGUGCCCUGACUCAACACCAGCAUUUCCACACUAAGGAAAGGCCCUACACAUGUGGGGAAUGUGGGAAGAAGUUUAAGACCAGCUCAACUCUCCUCAGGCAUGAGCGGAUACACACAGAUGAGAGGCCCUUCCGCUGCACCGACUGCGGGAAGGGCUUCAAGCAGAACUCCCACCUCGUCACCCACCGGCGCAUCCACACCGGGGAGAGGCCCUACAAGUGUGGGGAGUGUGGGAAGAGCUUCAGCCAAAGCUCCCACUUGACCUCCCACCAACGGACCCACCAGUAAGGGAAGCCCUAUGAAUGCCCCAACUGCGGGAAGAGCUUCGGCCGCUGCUCCCACCCCGAAUGACCCCCCUGAUGGUGAGGCAACCCCUGGAGUCCAGUGACUGUCAGUCCAUCCAUUUCCAGCAGAAAGGACCGGU